AUGACGAUAUCAUCAGGAUUCUGGCUACGCGGAGCAAAGCACAGACCAAUGCAACUCUCGAUCACUGCAAAAAAAGAAUUCGGGAGUGACAUCAACAAGGAUCUGAAAGCUGACCCCAACGAGUACCUUACUAAGCGCCACGAAAAAGUGAUUGAUGAAGGAACCCUCACUGGAGUUGUCGAUACGAGGGCUGAGGUUGACAUGAAGAUUAUCAAGGACCUGUACCACAAAAGGUACAGCGUCCCUCUGUAUCAGGCCAUUAAAGAAGACACUAAUGGAGAUUAUGAAAAAAUGCUUCUGGCCCUGGUUCGGCAUGAGGAUGCUUGA